AAAGAAAAUGUUCUUGAAAUGAAUAAUGGAGUGAAGCAAGCAGCUGUUAUGUUUUUGCGAAAUGCCAUAGAACGUAUACUUAGUGAACGAGAUAUUAAAAAAAAGGAACUCACUCACUUGCGAAAGGUAUGUGAACAAACCGUUGAAGAACUUAGUAUUAACAAUGUAGAUGGCAAUCAUUGUGUCACAGAAAAUGUAUUACCUUCCAAUUCGCAGUUUAUUUAUGCUGAUCAUUACUUCCUCCCAUUUGAUCUUGCAUGCCGCUCUAAAUCUCCAAGAAUUAUAAUUAUCGCCCUAGAUUGCUUACAGAAGUUAAUUGCAUAUGGUCAUUUGGUGGGGAAAGGAGUUGACGUAUCAAAUCCGGAUCGUCUUUUAAUUGAUCGUAUCGUCGAAGCUAUUUGUUCUCCCUUCUAUGGUCCAAACACUGAUGAAGGAGUGCAACUGCAAAUUUUAAAGGCGUUAUUAGCCGUUGUACUUGCUCCAACAUGUGAAGUACAUAAAGCUACUCUCUUAUUAGCUGUUAGGACAUGCUUUAAUAUACAUCUGGCGAGUCGAAGUCCUAUCAAUCAGUCCACUGCAAAAGCUUCUUUAACACAGGUAAUAAAUACAGUUUUCGGAAAUAUGUUGAAAGCCGAAGCUGUUUCGGUUCCUGAUAUAAGUGAUGAGAAGGUUGUUCAAGCAGUCGUUGAUUAUUUGAUUGAGCAAGUAACAAUGAAUGCAAAUUCUGAUUCAAGCCGCAGUGAAUACGGCGCAACCUUCUCAUAUGAGAUGUCGCCAUCUCCACGUGCGUUAAAUGCAAUAUCGCUAGCAGUAGAAUCUAGCGAAAAUAUUAACGCAGAUGUUCCAUCUAUACAUCUUCAUUUUCGAUCUGUGCAGGAAGAAGACGCAUUUCUAUUAUUUCGUUCAUUAUGUAGACUGUCAACUAAACCAGUUCCUGAUCGAUCCGAUCCAAACAGUCACGAAUUACGCUCCAAAGAAUUGUCUCUAGAAAUGCUUUUAUUGAUAGUGCAGAAUUCUUCGUCAUUAAUUCAUUCUUCACAACCUUUCGUGCUUGCUUUACGGCAUUUAUUAUGCGUUUCACUUUCACGAAAUGGAGUUUCGCCAAUUGUUACUGUUUUCGAGAAAUCACUGGCUAUAUUUGUCCAACUUGUUAAUAAAUUUAAGAUGCAUUUGAAAGUGCAGAUUGAGGUUUUUUUUAAAGAGAUAAUAUUCUCUAUACUGGAAAGCACUUCAAGUUCUUUCGAGCAUAAGUGGAUAGUAAUUAAUACCUUGGAAAAAAUUUGUGAAGAUCCCCAAAGUAUGGUUGAUAUUUAUGUAAAUUAUGAUUGUGACCUCUUGGCAACCAAUAUAUUUGAACGUAUUAUUGAUGGUUUAUUCAAAGUUGCGCAGGAAGGGCCAUCGUCAGAUUAUGGAAGUUCAGCCGCUGUAUUGCAGAAGCAGCGUGAGAGGUCAAUGAGGAUCUUAGGUUUGAAGUGUUUGGUAGAAUGCUUGCAGUGCAUGGUGGAUUGGUUUGAUGAUAUUUGUUCUGGUCGAACGCUUCCAGAAGAUGUGGAAAGUAUAGAAAUGUCAACCGAAGCAGUCGCACAGCAGUCUCCGACUGUUCAUCAGUUCGAACAAUUAAAACAAAAGAAGGAAACCAUGGAACAUGGAAUUCACCUAUUUGCUCGAAAGCCAAGUCAAGGUCUGAAAUUUCUCCAAGAAAGGCACUUAAUUGGUGUCGAAGCACAAGAUAUUGCUUCGUUCUUUCAUAGUGAAGAUAGACUAGACAAAGCCGUUGUAGGUGAUUAUCUUGGAGAUGGUGAUGAGUUUAAUAAACAAGUUAUGUAUGCAUACGUGGAUCAGAUGGAUUUUUCAAGUUAUGAUUUUGUUAGUGCUCUGCGGCAGUUUUUAGAUGGAUUCCGACUUCCUGGUGAAGCGCAGAAAAUUGACCGUCUAAUGGAAAAGUUUGCCUCGCGCUAUUGUGAGUGCAAUCCAAAUCUCGGCCUUUUUGCAUCUGCUGAUACAGCAUACGUUCUUGCGUAUUCAAUCAUCAUGUUGACUACUGAUUUGCACAGUCCUCAAGCAAGUUGCUUUUUAUAUGUGUCAAGUACCUUAGUACGAAAUAAAAUGACGAAAGAGCAGUACAUAGCUAUGAAUAGAGGAAUUAAUGAUCAGUGUGAUUUGCCAGAGGAAUAUCUCUCGGACAUAUAUGACGAAAUUGCGGGACGUGAAAUUAAGAUGAAGCCAGGACUCAACAAAUUACCGAAACAGAGUGCAAUGGCUACAUCAGAGAGACAGCGAAAAUUACUACAAGAUGUUGAGUUAGCCACUAUGGCACAAACUGCUCGGGCACUUAUGGAAGCUGCAUCACACUAUGAAGCUGCUUUUACAUCUGCAUCUCAUUAUGAACAUGUUAGACCUAUGUUCAAGAUUGCUUGGACCCCUUGUUUGGCAGCUUUUAGUAUUGGAUUGCAAACUUCGGAAAAUGAAAGUAUUAUAUCGUGGUGCUUGCAAGGAUUUCGUUUGGGAAUCAGAAUCGCUUGCAUUUUCCGUUUGGCUUUGGAACGAAAUGCAUAUAUACAGGCAUUAGCACGGUUCACUUUAUUAACGGCCAAAAAUUCGAUGGCAGAAAUGAAGUCGAAAAAUAUCGAAUCGAUCAAGUUGUUACUAACUGUUGGUGAAGAAGAUGGUAACUGUCUGGAUGAAUCAUGGAUUGAUGUUCUUAAGUGCAUUUCACAAUUGGAGUUAGCCCAAAUGAUUGGGACAGGAGUAAAAACUUCACACAGUCCCAAUAUAAAUGGCUCUUCAGCGCAAUAUGUGCUAAGAAGUACCUCUCAUGUGGAUGAACGAAUGUUGUGCAGUUUGCAAGAAUGUUUAGGUGAAACUACUUCACAAAGUGUUGUUGUAGCAGUUGACAGGAUAUUUCAAGGGUCAUCAAAACUGGAUGGCGAUGCGGUUGUACAUUUUGUACGAGCAUUGUGUGAAGUAUCUAAAGAAGAAUUAUCAAAUAUUGGUAAUCCACGAAUGUUUAUGCUGCAAAAAAUAGUUGAAAUAUCUUUUUACAAUAUGAAUCGUAUCCGUUUGCAAUGGUCUAGGAUCUGGAGUGUUUUAGGAGAGCAUUUUAACAAGGCGGGCUGUAAUGCAAAUGAAAAUAUAUCACAUUUUGCUGUUGAUGCACUGCGACAACUUUCAAUGAAAUUUUUGGAGCGGGGAGAACUACCGAAUUUCCGAUUUCAGAAAGAUUUUUUGAGGCCAUUUGAAAUUAUAAUGAACAGAAAUAGAUCUUUCCAAUCUCGAGAACUAGUUGUUGAGUGCAUCAGUCAUAUGGUGAAUACUCAUUAUAACAAAAUCAUAUCUGGUUGGAAAAACGUAUUUUCAGUAUUUACAAUGGCUGCAGGUCUUGGGGAUGAAGGGAUUGUAGAAAGUGCAUUUGUGACGAUAAAUUUCAUAAUAUCUAAAGUGUUUCUGACUGAAUUUGGAAAUGUAUUGGAUUCCUUUCAAGAUGCUAUCAAGUGUUUAUCUGAAUUUGCGUGCAAUACUGCAUUUCCUGACAUAUCCAUGGAGGCGAUUAGGUUGAUUAGACUUUGCGCUACAUAUGUUUCAACCAAUCAGCAGCAGUUUAUUGAACAUCAGUGGGAGGACAGUGCAAAUCUACAUGAUGCGCAAAGAAUUUUCUUACGUGGCUGGUUUCCAAUAAUGUUUGAAUUAUCUUGUAUUAUUGGUAGAUGUAAAUUGGACGUCAGAACAAGAAGUUUGACGGUGAUGUUUGAAAUAAUGAAAACUUUCGGAACGGAAUUCAAAAAUGAAUGGUGGAGGGACCUUUUCCAAGUUGCGUUUCGUAUUUUCGAUGUCAUGAAAUUGGCUGAAGAGCAGAAUGAAAAACGGGAAUGGAUGAGAACCACGUGUAAUCAUGCACUUUAUGCCAUUGUUGAUGUCUUUACACAGUAUUAUUCAGUUUUAUCUACAAUUCUUUUGACUAGUAUUUACGAACAGUUGUAUUGGUGCGCUCAACAAGAAAAUGAGCAGUUGGCGCGUUCGGCAAUUAAUUGUCUUGAAAGUUUGCUUCUUUUAAAUGGUUCAAAAUUUACUUCUGCAAUGUGGGAUGAAACAAUCAUUUUAAUUGCCAACAUUUUUAACAUUACUCUUCCUCAUUCGCUUUUGACUUGGGAACCAGAUAGUGUUUUAAAUACGUUUAUGGUACCAAAUGGUGAUGAUUAUUUAGCUUAUAGCGAUAAUAAUCAUCAGGUAGUGUUAAAUCCUAGUAGCGAUACUUUAUUCACUACACUAUUGGUUCGUUGUGUUGUGCAACUGGAAUUGGUUGAUGCUGUGAGCAGCAUUGUUUUUGGUCCGGAAUCGAUGAAGAAAAUUCUUUUCUUCAUUUUUUCUAUUUUUUCAAAGGAUGAGGCAAAAACGAAUACACCAUUAGUUACAUCAGCCAUAACCAUAGUAGAUUCAAGCGGAAAGUGUAAUGAACAGGAUCUGCCAAAUGGAAAUUUUAUGCACGAAGUUAAUUGUAUUAUGGAUGACAGUAUAGUCGAGAGCAACAGUGAGGGACUCUAUAAAUAUAUCGAAGUGAAUCAUCUUGUACGACUUGUUGAAUGCCUACUCAGUUCUCAUGUUCUUGCUCAGAAAUUUAACGGCAAUAAUGCUCAGCGUACAUUAUUAUGGAAAGCUGGUUUUAAAGGUAAGAUUAAGAUUGCUUUGCACUUUAUCUAUAAUAUAUCUUUUAUUUUAGACUGUUUCUGUAAUAUAUUUUUAUGUCGGAGUAAACCUAAUCUUUUACGACAAGAAACUCGUAGCAUACGGACAGCUCUUAAUAUUUUGUACAAAUUAUACACAGAUGUGAAGCGAACAUCGAUGGAACAAAAAGCCAUCAUCAAGACCAAGUUACUGAGGAUUUUGGAAAAUGCCCUCACAUACUAUGCAGAGCUAAAGUCGGAGCAACAUCGGCAAGCUUGGAUUCCGGUUAUACAUCUAGCGCUGGAGAAAACAGACAGGUUUUCGUCGGAACAGCUUAUUGAUCUUGGUCAAGACUAUGCGCUGAAUAUAAGUCGUUUAGUAGAGUGUGAAAUGCGUGAAGAUUUAAGAGUUGCUUUGAGCCGGAUUAUCAGAAAAACGAUAAGUAUAAGUUAUGCCAUAACAUGA